UGACAUCAUGUUAAGAACUUUACUUGUGGAACACUGCCACUUUUCAUAAUGGUGUGUAUACUCAGAUAUUCCAUUAUGUCCCCUCAUACCUCAUAUUUAGGAAAAAUACAGAAAGGGUACCGAAACUCAUUCGCCGGAAGUUGACACAAAAUGGCGACCGAAGUUGAAGGUCGCUGACAGUACUUUCCACGAGAAGAAAUAGCGGCACCUACGGUUCUCAGAUGACAAAAGAAAUGCAGGCAAGAUAGCCUGUGAUAUCUCCUAGUGGGGACUGUGUUGUUUAUUUCUUCGGAACGACCGCGUGUUAGUAAUUGUUUUUAGAAUAUUAUAGAUGUUUAACUUUCUGAAUAGACGUUGAAAAGUACACAUUGGUAACAACACCAAAAGCUUAUAUUUAAUACGUACUAAUCGCUGUUUUGAUUAUCCUGAAUUAAUAGGUUAUUUCUCAUUUCAACACGAACUUCGUGUAAGUGUGAUUUACCACGGAAUGAAUACGUUUUGUUUUGUAAUGAUAUACAUCAUAAGUUGUAGCACGGUUGCUCAUUCGCUGACUAUCAUAAAGCUUGUCAUCUAAUUGUUGUUGUUUCUGUUUCAGUGCGUAAAAAAUACACUCAUACUGGCUGUAUGCAUUUGUUGGAUACCCUGUUAUUAUUUAGAUUCCUAUUUCUUAUUUUGAAGAAUAUGUGUGUAUCUGUUUCUAUUGACACUUUCUAAAUUUCCACCGCGCACCGCUUCCAUAAUAUUGGCGAGGUGGGCGCGGUUAAUUUGCGAUUGUUCGUCUGGAACAAAAUACCGUGACACGCGACCUUUGACAUGCCGCGUCACAGAGGUUACCGCUGCCCGAGUCAAAACAAUAAAGUUCUACGUUUCAAUCGCUAACGUUGAUACGUAGAUGAAUGAAAUGUGAUUAAAGAUACUAAUGGCGCUACAAUAGUUCAUCCUUGUUUUGUUUGAGAAAUCAGCACAAGGGAUGCUCACGGAAAUAUAUAAAAAGGUUGCCUCCCGCCAAGAGUAUGAAUAUUCAUGAGUGUAAAUAUAGCCCCAUGUGACAGACGACAACAUAUCAUCGUUGGAACAUGACGGCAGUGGGAGUGGGUGAUGACUACGAUUUGGGGGAGUCGGACUUUGAGUCGGACAUAUCCGUCGAUUCUCUCGAUUCCGACUCAGAGUCUGACUCCCAAUCAGGAGAAAUGAGCGAUGAAGAACUUCAAGAAGAUGAAGAAGAAAGAGGGGCCCAACCAAUGGUUCGUGGCCCCUGGCUGCCUGUGCUGGACACAGACAGCUUUGACCUCGGCAAUGACAUUGACUUUGCCGGGGACUGCGGCCCUGUCAACCCUCCAGGUGAAGAUGCCCCUCCUAUCAAAUAUUUUGAUCAACAACUGGGAGGAGGGGAUGGAGGUGUUGAUUUGUUCGACCUGCUGGUCAGGGAGACAAACAGGUAUGCAGAGCAGUACCUGCAGGGCCGCACUCUAUCGCCGCAGAGCAGGGCUCGGGCUUGGAGACCCGUUGACCGGGAAGAAAUGCGGGCAUUUCUUGGACUCUUGUUGGGCAUGGGUGUCGUCAGGAAGCCAACCAUUUCAUCCUACUGGAAUGAGGGGGACAAGAACUGGCUGGCAUCAACACCUUCCUUCGGGGCAACCAUGUCGAGGAACCGCUUCCAAAUCAUCAUGCGGUUCCUCCACUGCAAUGACAAUUCUGCUGCAGUGCCCCGAGGGCAGCCAGGUCAUGACCCCCUCCACAAGAUCAGGCCGGUCCUUGAUCUUGUGAAUGGAUCCUUCGCAAACACUCACCGGCUGGCCCAGAGUGUUUGCGUGGAUGAAAGGAUGGUUGGCUUUAAGGGACGACAUCAUCUUGUUCAAUACAUGCCCAACAAGAAAGCACACAGAUGGGGAGUGAAGUUGUGGAUCCUUGCCGAGGCGGGUACUGGAUACACCCAUCAAGUCCGGAUCUACAAGGGCAGGAACCUUGGAGGACCACCACCCAGGGCAGGCCUUGGGCACAGUGUGGUCAUGGACUUGAUGGAACCGCAUCUCGACAAGGGACACCACAUCAUCUGUGACAACUUCUUCAGCAGUCCGUCUCUCUGCCAUGAUCUCUUCGACAGGGAGACGUUCUGCACAGGAGUUGUCGCCGUCCGGAGGAAGGGAAUGCCGAGCUCCUUUGUUGGGAAAAGACCACCCAGGGGCUCGACAAUUGUGAGAAGACAGGGUCCACUGCUGGCAGUGCUCUUUUCAGACAGGAGGGUCUUCACAAUUUUAUCUACCAUGGGUAGUCCAAGAAUGGAAGAUGGGCUUAACUCACGGGGCCGGUCUGUCACUCUCCCCUCAGUCGUAAGACUAUACAACACCUUGAUGGGGGGAGUUGACCUUGGGGAUCAACUCAUUGCUGUAUAUGAUCCCCAAGUCCGCUCCGUGAAGCUGUGGAAGAAAAUUUUAAUCAACUUUCUUCUCACAGCUUCAGUUAAUGCCUAUCAGACCUUCAUGAACACCCAUGGUAGGACGACCCCCCGUCUGGACUUCCACAUGUCCCUUCUCCACUCACUCGUCGGGAACACUCAUGUGACUAGGAGGACUGGCAGACCAAGGACCCAGCCUCCUUCCCGACGACUGACCGGACGCCACUUCAUCGAAGUGCUGCCUGGAAGGAAGAGGAAACAGUGUGUCCUCUGUAGAAAACGACAGAGGACCACAGAUGGCUCUGCAGGGAAGGUCAGGACUUGGUGUCCUGACUGCACUGUAGGCCUCUGUGCCCGCUGUUUCAGCCAGUAUCACACAGCCGCUCACAUUGAAGAGUGAACGGCUGUAUGUACUGGCAUAUCAUCCCUUCAGGCAGUUUCCCCAUCUGUGUGCUUAAGUCCACUGUACAUAAAUUUUGUGAGAGUAUGACUUACGCCGUAAUUGCAAUACUAAAGCAAAGUCACGGCGAAUUAUUGUAUAUAAAUAUAUUGAUUGUAAAUAUUCUUGAUGUGAUUUGAGUGUGAGAGUAUGACUUACGCCGUAAUUGCAAUACUAAAGCAAAGUCACGGCGAAUUAUUGUAUAUAAAUAUAUCGAUUGUAAAUAUUCUUGAUGUGAUUUGAGUGUGAGAGUAUGACUUACGCCGUAAUUGCAAUACUAAAGCAAAGUCGCGGCGAAUUAUUGUAUAUAAAUAUAUUGAUUGUAAAUAUUCUUGAUGUGAUUUGAGUGUGAGAGUAUGACUUACGCCGUAAUUGCAAUACUAAAGCAAAGUCACGGCGAAUUAUUGUAUAUAAAUUUAUUGAUUGUAAAUAUUCUUGAUGUGAUUUGAGUGUGAGAGUAUGACUUACGCUGUAAUUGCAAUACUAAAGCAAAGUCACGGCGAAUUUUUGUAUAUACAUUUUUUCUGUAAAUAUCGCCAAUAUUAUUUGAUUGUGAGAGUACGACUUACGCCGUAAUUGCAAUAUUAAGGCAAAAUCACGGCGAAUUAUUGUAUACAAAUGUAGUGCCUGUAAAUAUCCUUAAUAUUAUCUGAUUGUGAGAAUAUGACUUACGCCGUAUUUGCAAUAUUGAAGCAAAAUCACGGCGAAUUAUUGUAUAAUAUCUAUUUAUACCAAAUGUCUUUCAUGUAAAUAAAUAUGUAUAUAAUGAGA